AUGGCCUACCGGCGUUGCAUCGUCACCUCACGGUGCAGCGUAUGCGCAGGCAAGAGCGCUAGUACGCUGCCAAGGAUGUCGCGUGUCGCCCGCAACGGCUUCUAUGCGAAUGUCGGCUCACUACCGGCUGCUACUGAAGAUUCCUUCCAUGCUGAUAACGAUAAGGUCGGUCGAUCGCUCAUCUCACGUUAUCUAGACGGUGACCACGAUCAAUCUCCUUGUGUGACUUCUAGGCCGCGAUUCCGCCCG